CAUCAGAAAUCGCUCUGAUACUUGAGUGCGUACAAAUCAUAACGUUUACUCGUGUAUUUCUUGAGUGAUUUAAACCCAUAGUAUCUAUUAAUCGCACUUAGUGUUUCAAGUUGGUUUAGAAACGCUGAAGCUUUUAAUGUUUUGGCUCAAGAUAGACAGUUUAUUCAUGUGGUGAAGUAAAACGCCUUUAUGCGAGAACAGAGAUUGUUAGGCUCGUGCUGAGCGAUGUGUCUUGUCCCCUUCUCAGCCUUCUACACUGCACCUUAUAGUUAAUGACCUAAUUUGCUGAGGAGUGUCGUCAAAAGCCUGUGUCUGGGUGAGACACAUUUAGAUUAACGACUUACUUCAUAGUGAUGAGCCAGUUGAGGCCUUCGUGAUAAAGAAAGAACGUUAUAUACAUAUUGUUAGAGAUGCAGCGUGUUAAACGGCCGUCUUCCUUGUUCGGAGUUGAGCGGAAAACCAAGAGUCAAGAACGGAAACGAGUAUUACAAUCCAACUUUUCUGUGAGAUGGGAGAAGUUCUUGGCCCAUGGGACAAGUGUCAGGUGCUUAGCCCUAGGGAAGAAAUCUGGCCGAGUCAUGGUCACAGGCGGCGAAGAUAAGAAGGUCAACCUUUGGGCAAUAGGAAAGCCUAACCGUAUUAUGAGCCUGACUGGUCAUACAACAGCAGUAGAAUGUGUCAGAUUUGGUCAUGCAGAAGACAUAAUCUGUGCUGGUUCAGUGUCUGGGGCUUUGAAGAUCUGGGAUUUGGAAACAGCAAGAAUUCUCAGAACAUUAACUGGACACAAAUCAAAUCUAAAAUGUUUGGAUUUUCAUCCCUAUGGUGACUUUGUUGCAUCUGGUUCUUUAGACACCAACAUAAAACUAUGGGACAUAAAAAGAAAAGGCUGUAUUUAUACAUACAAGGGUCACAAUAAACCAGUUAAUAAUAUUAAGUUUAGCCCUGAUGGAAGGUGGAUUGCAUCUGCUGGUGAUGAUGGCACAAUUAAGCUGUGGGACCUGGUUGCAGGCAAGAUGCUUAAAGAAUUCAGGGGACACACAGGACCUGUCACUGAUGUAGAGUUUCAUCCCAAUGAGUUUCUUUUAGCAAGCGGAAGCACAGACAAAUCAAUAAGAUUCUGGGAUCUGGAGAAUUUUCAACACGUUUCAUCUACUGAAGGAGACUGUGGUCCUAUUAGAUGUAUAUAUUUCAGUCCAGAUGGAGAAUGUGUAUUUGGUGGAGCUCAAGAUGUACUAAAAGUGUAUGGCUGGGAACCUUCCCGUACAUUUGACACUGUAGUGAUGGGAUGGGGGAAAGUUGCCGACAUCUCCACAUCUCAGAAUGAGCUAAUUGCUGGAGCAUUCUCCCUCACCAAUGUGUCUAUCUAUGUAGUAGAUUUAAAGCAUGUACAGCCAUUUGUUGUCUCUCCAACUGCUGAGAGUAAAUCAUGUGAAUCACAAACAACAUUUUCUCCCAGCAACCACGUUAGAAAAAGCUUCAACAAAGGUCAAGCAGUAAGUAACCAAACAUUGUUGCUGCAGGUACAAAUGGUUGAAGAUGGCAAUAGUGUUAUUCAUCAGACAGACUCUGGAGAUGAUUUCCAGCCCUGUGUUGAAAUAAAUGAUCAUGAGUACUACAGUGAAAUAUUUCAUCCUUCCAGUGAAUUGUGUCGAACUCCUCCCAAGACCAAGAAGCCUCUUCCAACACCUCCUGAAGAUCUGACUAAAAUCAAUGAUCCACAACACAAGCCAAUCAGGUCACCAGAAAAUAUUACCUCUGCUAAAUAUCCAUCAUUGCCAGAGAAGUCUUCCAGUCCCAUUGCAGGGAAGAGGUUUGAAAUUAUGUCAUCCAUAUCACCUUCCACUCUUAUCGGUAGCAGUUCCCUGUCUUCUUUUGGUCUUAAUACCACAUACACCAAAAUUUCAGAUCUAAAAUCUCCGAGCCAAAGCUCAUUGCAGUCUUCGAUUGGAAGUUUGUUACCAAACUCUGUUAAACUUAUGGAAAAAAACACAACAGUGGUAAAACAAACAAUCCAAAACUUGGAGUCUCCAUCUGUGUCCAUAGUCAGACCCAUCCACAUAAUACCUGACAAAGAUGUCCAGCAACAGAAGGCAAUUGUCUUUCCUAAGCAACAACACAUAACAAAUCCAAACUUUUCAAAUUUUGAAAGGUCCUUCCUAAACCAAAUACAGAUGAAUUUGGGGAACCACAAAGAAUUUGUACCAGAUCAGAGAGACCAUCCAGUAGGAUUGGAGUUAGAAUAUUUCCUGCCUAAGCAUUUACAAAACAGUCUUAAAGUUGGUGGUCAUACCCAACCAGAGAUCUCAGAGACAGAAGCUAUGACCUCCAUCAUUAAUGGCCACCAAUCAAUGAUGUCAGUCCUCCAGCACAGACAGAAGAAUCUUCAGGUUAUUUUAAUUCAGUGGGCUACAAAAGAACCAAAGACUGCUCUAGAUACUGCAAUCAAAAUGAAUGAUGUGGCUCUUAUAGUGGAUGUUCUAAACAUCAUCACAUCAAGAUCGAAUGUAAUUAGAAGUGAUAUAUCCAUGACAUACAUUUCAAGCAUUGAAGAUUUAUAUGUCACAGAGAUAUAUUUUAUGUUAAACAUUUCCCUUAAAGAUGGAAAAUACAUCCUUAAACAUUUUACAUUUCAAACAUUUCCAAUUCUCAUGAUCUUUUGUGGGAUUUGGCACAAGCCUUCAGUUUUUCAUGAUGUAAUUGAAGAUUCUUUCUUCUGUGAUAUUGUUCAUUUUAACAGGUAUAUGUCAGUUGGAUGUGCCAGUUUAAAACUGAUCCUAAAGAAUUUUGCAACUGUUAUAAAAAUCAACAUAACAGCUCCACCUGGUAUAGGUGUUGACAUAAAUCGUGAAGAAAGAUAUAACAAGUGUGUCAGCUGCUACAAUCAACUUCUAUCCAUCCGCACAUUCCUAUUAAAACGGCAGACCAUGCAAGGAAUACUAGGACACUCAUUCAGAGAACUGCAUUUGUUGAUGCAAGGUCUGGAGUAAAACCUAGAUAAGGAGCAUUCUGAGGAUUUUUAAUGUAGAAUUUAAUAUGGAAGAAGAGGUAUGAUAGAGCAAGUGACCUGUUGCCAUGCUUCAGAAGAAAUAACAGGCAAAGAAAGAAGAUAAACUUAAUAACUUUCUUUGUGUAUAAAAUAGGUUUGGCUAUAAAAUACAUAAAAUGGUUAUUGAAUACUAACCUAAAAAAGCUGAGAGAGAAAAAAAAACACUACAAUUGUUGCUGAAAAUCACUUUCAUUCAGGGGUGAAAUUCUCUAAAAAAAAGUAGAGGUAUUCAGUUGGGUGAAGUGGACCUGUAAACAUACAAAACGAGAAAGCAGCUCAAAUAAGUCCUGGUAUUAGUAUCACCUUAAAAAAUAUGUUAUGGUACUCAGUACCAGUGAGUACCAGCAGAAUUUCAACCCUUCUUUCAUUAAUCAGUCAUAAGACAAGACCACAAUGCCUGGUGGUGAUAAUACUUGUCAGUCACUGCAAGACCUAUCAAACAAAAUGACUGGCAGUUGAUGUACCUUAGAAUCUUGGACUCCUGGAUGUAUAUAUUCAUCUGUGUAUGCUACUUGUAAUAUAAAUGUAUUUAUGUUGUGGUUGGUUCAGUAUUGGUGAAAAACAAAUGUGUGGCCUUUAGCAUAUCACCUUGAACAUGAUUAGUCAUUGUGAGUAUAUGAAACUAACAAUAAUUUCUAUAAAAAGUAAUGAUAACCAUUGACUUUGUAAUAUACUUGUUAAUCUAGUUCAAAAGAAAGCAGGUUGUUUAGCUUUUUCAAUGCAGCCUAGAUUACAGAGGUCUAGAAAAUAUGGGGUAAAAAAAAAGUUUUGUUUUGUUUUUUUUCACUGUACAAAGGUUAUGGGAUUACAUCUUCUUUUAUGAAGAAAAUAAUUUUAGCAUUAGAUAAGAAACAGUAAAAAAGGAACAUUUUGUUUAAAGAUGUUUGAAACAAGAGUUGCUUGUAAUAUCUUGUAAUCUACUUUUUCAAAAACAAGACAUCUUCAAUUACAUAGUAAUUCAUGUUUGUUUUUGAACCAUCCUAUACUUUUUCACUAAGAUUAUUAACUAAAAACAUUAAUUGAAUGGCACAAUAUUUAAUUAGUUGAACAUAAAAUUCUGCUUUGUGGAUUCAAUAACUGUCUUCAUUAAGUUAAAAUACUGAAAGAAUAAUCAAGUAUCCAUCAAUACCAACAUAAUUAAAUAUAUAUUUAUAGUAUUACUAAUUAUAAUAGAUUGGAAAGAAGCAGAUACAUAACUGAACAAAAGUAAUGAGAAAAAUUAUAAGUCUAGCUUUCAGUGCAAAGACCAUUCUACAGUUCAAUGGGUGAACUAAUAACCUAGAAAUUAUUUCCAUUUUUUCUGUAAAUAUUAGGUAUAAUUCAUUUUAUACAUUGAUUUCUAAAGCAAGGUUGCUUAUUUUCAAGUGAAACUAUCUCCUCAUGAUAUAGUUAAAUAUCUCCUUGAAAACCAUAGCAUAGUAUAAAAAUAUUCUCUGAAAGAAUGUCUAUGAUAUGUUUGUAAAAGAGAUUGUACUGAGUGAAGUGAGAAAUGCCUCAACAUCAUGAAGAGCAGUAGGUUGUGUGUAUGUUUCUCUGUGUGUGAUUUAAUCAAUUGAUUAAGUUUAUCAAGCUAACUUUACCCAGUUGUUCUUCACUGUU